UAAAAGAUAAGUUUGUUGAGUUGUUGGAGGAAGGGUGGCGAGAUAGAGCAUAGCACUUGAGGGUGCAAAAAGAGGAGCUUAAGAAGGACAUGGAGAUGAUGGCAAUGAGGAAUAAAAAAAUGGAUGAGCGUGGCUGUGAUGAGCAGCUGUGAAUAUGAAAAUUUCUCAAGAUUGUGACUGGCAUCUCUAGUAAAGAAUUUUGCAGUGGCAGCUCGCAUGGAAGCAAGUAAGGUUCAGACAUUAGCCUUCUUUGUGGUGCUGCUUUUGGUGUUGCUUCCCGAGGGUUCUGAUUGCGAACCAAUCAGGUCCCUUCCCCCACCUCGUCCACUUUGCUCCUCCCAGUAUGUGCUCGUUAAUUAUGCCUGCUCAAUGCUCCCUUAUUCUCCCAGACAAUCAGUGCUUGGUUCCAUCGCCUCUCCAUCUCCCGAGGCGGGUGAGCAUAAAGAACAUGAUCAUAAGCACGGCCAUGGCCAUGGACAUAGGCAUCGACAUAGGGGUAGGCACCAGGAGACUCCACAGGAGCGAGAAUGUUGCAGGUGGUUGAGGGAAAUGAAUGUUGAAUGUGUUUGUGAUCUAUUAGUUCACUUGCCCUCGUUCCUGACCAAACCUUUCCACAAUUACACAGUUAUUGUUGAUGAAACAUGUGCCAUCACUUUUCCUUGUGCAGGGCGACUAAUACGAUGAUCAUACUAAAAGCAGCGAGCUAUCCCAUUAUACAUCAAGAUUAUCUCA